CCGACUUCCGAUUCCGCAUUUGGACGACGUCUGCGCCAUUUUGAUGAAACGGCGAGGAGGAGCAGGGAGCCACUGAAGCAACGUGUUGUGUCGCAAUGGGUUUUAAAGAUUAAUUCUGAAACAUGGUUAUUAUACAUCGUAUGUGGAGAACAUCGGUGAAAACAAGUAGGAUAUCGGCCCUCCUGGCAUAGCGUGGAUUUAUUUGAGGGGUAAUUUCGAGAGCAUGCUCACAUACAAGCCAAUGCUUUUGUUUAGCCAGUGGUCCGCUCUUCUGUAGUGGCUUAAAUAGAGAGCUAACCCAUGUUAGCCUCGGCUCCAUUUUAGUUAUCUUUAGAUUUGUCUUCGGAAAAGUGUUUCAACGCUUGACGUCGACGUGAAGAUCGGUGGACUAACAUCUGAUGUCCUUAUUCAUUACUGGGGACUUUGGAAAAGGACUUGGCUAAGAAAGACACCGCAAGGACUGCAUUUACUGCUCACGGAGACCUAGGCCCGCUGCUCACCUAGUGGCUGCGGCAGGCCCGGGGUUUCAUGGACAAUUCACCACGGACUUGAUAGAAUUUCCUAUAAAUAUUUAAGCUUAACAGAUACCAAAUGGACUCCCUUGGAUUUGUUAAGUGCAGUUGCUUUAUAUUGGACUGAAACGAACUGAUAACAGUACACCUCGCCGUGUACUGGCGCACUUGCCUUCCACGUCAAUGUUUUUCAUUGGCAACAAUGACUUUGUUGACAUCCGCCAACUACCCGUUCUUGGAUUACUUUUGUUGAAUUUGUGCUGUGUUUCAGCGAUUUCAGAGGGAAGGGUUGAUGCAUCAUAACGCUGAAGACUAGCCUGUGUUGUAGCCCUGUAUUCUUUAUUAAACUCUGUGUGUUUUGUGUGCUAACUUGAGUAAUUCCCAAGUUUUGUAAAAAUGUCGUGUGUUCAUUAUAAGUUUUCGUCCAAACUGGACUAUAACACAGUCACGUUUGAUGGGUUGCACAUUACUCUCAAUGAGCUUAAACGGCAGAUCAUGGCCCGUGAGCGUCUCAAGGCCACAGACUGCGACCUGCAGAUCACCAAUGCGCAGACGCGGGAAGAGUACACGGAUGACGAGAUCCACAUACCGAAACACUCUUCUGUCAUAGUCCGUCGAACUCCUAUUGGUGGGGUGAAACCAGCUGGCAGGACGUUCAUUAUAGAUCGUUCUGAUACGGCCAUGGUGGGAUCGUCCAGACCAACCGAUUCCUCCCCCUCUAUGUCUCUGGCCCAACUCUCGAAGACGGCAAACCUGGCAGACGCAAACGCAUCUGAGGAGGAUAAGAUUAAAGCCAUGAUUUCUCAAUCCAUCCAUGACUAUGACCCUAUUCAUUACUCAAAGAAAGCUAUCGGACCCCCACCUGGGCACUACAUCUGCUUCCGCUGUGGCAAGACAGGGCACUACAUUAGACAAUGCCCCCUGCAGAUGGACAAGAGUUUGGAGGGGCCCAAACCGGUGAAGAUAAGCAAAGGCAUUCCCCAGAGCUUCAUGGUUAAAGCCGAACCGGACGCCAAAGGGGCCAUGUUAACCAGCACGGGAGAAUAUGCCAUUCCUGCCAUAGAUGCUGAGGCGUAUGCGCAGGGGAAAAAGGAGCGCCCUCCCUUUGUUCCUCGGGACCAAUCAGCAUCUGAGGACGAGUCUGACCCAAUACCCGACGAGCUGCUCUGUCCAAUCUGCAACGACCUGAUGAGCGACGCUGUGGUCAUACCGUGCUGUGGGAACAGCUACUGUGAUGAUUGCAUCAGGACCAGCCUGCUGGACUCCGAGGAGCACGUCUGCUACACCUGCAAGCAGUCGGACGUUUCGCCCGACAACCUCAUCGCCAACAAGUUCCUGCGUCAGGCCGUGAACAACUUUAAGAACGAGACGGGCUACACCAAACUCGGGCGCAAGCAGCUGCAGCAGGUGGCGCCAUCUGUGCCCCGCCCCCUGCCCCCCCGCCACGUGCCCUCCAGGCAGCAGGACCCACUGAUGGCCCACGUCGCCAUCCCGCCCCCCCGCGCCCUCCCCCCCGCCGCCGUCGCCGUCGCCCCACCGCAGCCUCUGGUCGUGCUGCCUCCCCCGGUUGUUUCGGCGCCGCCCCCCGUCGCCACCGCCACCGCCGCCGCCGCCAUUGUGCGACAGGACACCCCGCCACUGGCCCCGCCGCCGACCCAGGACUCCCGGGAUCGCCAUGACAACCGGGACGUCCAUGACAACAGGGAAAUCCCCGACAACCGGGACCUCCACGAUGCCCGGGACAACCGGGACAACCGGGACAAUAGGGAGCACCAUGACAACCGGGACGCUCGGGACAGCCGGGAUCACGGCGACGCCCGUGACACCCGGGAUCACCAUGACAACCGGGACCACCACGACCCCCGGCAUGACCCCCGAGACCAGCACCACCACCACCACCCCAGAGACCAACACCACCACGACCCCCGGGAGCGCCACGACGUCCACUCCCCGAUGCAGUCCGGCGGCCAGAGGGAACCACCCCCGCCAGGGUACGUUGUCAGGCACGGCGUUAAUGAGGCGGACCACGACCCACACAUGAUGAUGAACCAAGGUCCACCGCACGACGGCAGGCCACAGAACUGCCACCACCCUCUGAUUGGACAUCCGCCCCCUCCAAGGCCCCUUCAUCACCAACAAGGUCCCCCGCCACGCCCCCAUCAGCCCCACAGAGGAGGAGGUCCAGUGGGAGGCGGAGGACCCAGACACUGGGACAGAAACUUCCGGCCCCGUGAGGAUCACCCCCCACCCCGGAUGCAGGUGGCCCCCUUCCCGCCCAACGCCGCGCCCCCGGUUUACGCCGCCCCCGCGCUCUAUCCCCCUCCCCCCCAGAUCUACCCGCCCCCCUACUCCACGGGACCCGGCCUCAUCCCGCCGCCCCCCGUCGGCUACCAGCCCCAGCCCAUGUACCCCCCCGGGAUGCAGGGCAUCAACCCCCCCUGGAUGCCCCCGAACAACCAGCACCCCCUCGGGCCCCACCCACCCCCCCUCAACCAGCCCCACCUCUCCAAGGAGGAGUUCUACCGGCAGCACCAUCUCCAUCACCACCCCGACGAGGUAACCUCCAAGCUUGACGAGUUCACUAAAGACUUCCACAAAGAGCUGAUGAAGUACUGCAGUGCGCCAAAGAGACGCAGACGGUCUUACACCAGGUCGCGGACCUACAGCCGCUCGCCGUUCAGCCGCUCUCCCUUCUCCAGGUCCAGGUCCCGGUCCCGGUCGUACUCCUACACCCCAAGCCGCUCGCGCUCGCGCUCCCGCAACCGGUCCUACCCCCGCUCGCCCUUCUCCCGGCGCAACGGGCGCAGCUACGGCCGCACGCGCUCCCGUUCCCGCUCUCGCUCCAGGCCGUACACGUACCGUCGGUCGGGCUCUCCGCGCUCUCCCGGGCCGUACCGCCCCCCCGGUGGUCAAGGCUGGGACGGCGCAGACGGAGCAGCCUUCAGGUCCAGGUCCCGUUCCCGCACCCCUGGCGGCUUCCGGAGGGUCAGUCCCGGCGGCGGUGGAGGCGCUGGCGGAGGCGGUCGCAAACCCCCGCCGCGGGAGCCGCCACCCUUCGACGGGCGGGACAUGAGCCCCGGAACCCACGAGCGCUGGGAAAGGGACGGCUACAGGCAGUGGGAGAGGGACUACCGGGACUACUACAAGUACUACAGGGACUACGAUGGCCAGCCCCCGCACCACAGGGCGCACGGCAGCCGGGACCGGGAGAGGGACCGGCUCUCGCCCCCGCCCAGAGACUACUCCCCCCAGGGCAAGAGCCGGAGGGGGCGGGACGGCGACCGAGGCGCGCCCUCGUUCCACCAGCCCUCCUCCUCCUCCGGGACCAAGAGCAGCAGCAAGAGCAGCAAGUCCAAGAAAGUGAAGAAGAAGAAGAACGGGGACGAGUCGGAGGCGGCCCACCAGUCCAUGGACCGAGGGGACGCCACCCCCGUCCGGGACGAGCCCAUGGACGACGCGCCCAACCUCUCCAAGACGCCCCCCAGCUCCUCCAAGAGCAGCUCCGCCGCCAAGGCCGCCACCAGCAAGAGCUCCUCCUCCUCUGCGUCCGCCAAGACCUCGACCAAGUCAGGGAAGACCUCGUCCGACAAGAGCAAGAAGGACAAGACGUCCAAGGUCAAGGUCAAGGUGAAAACCGAGGCCGCCAAGGUCAAAGGUAAAAAAGCGGUGCCGGACGCAGCACCGGCCAAAAAGAAGGAGGGCUCCUCUUCCUCCUCCUCCACCGCCGCUGCCGCGGCACCUCCUCCUCCUCCUCCUCCUCCUCCUCCUCCUCCUCUUUCGAAGUCGUCCAAGACUACCAAGGCCCCAGGGCCCGAGGAGACCAGCGUCCCGGCCGUCGUGAAGAAGGACAAGGCCAAGGCGCCCGCGCCGCGGCCCGUCCCGAUCAAACCCCGCCUGGUGUCCUCUCGGAUCCAACCCCCGCCCCCCCCGGUUCUCCUGGACACCCCGCGGCCCGUCGUCGACCUCCACGGCGGACGGGACCCCCUGAAAAACGCCGGCCUCCUGCCGCUCCCGAUGCAGCACGGGCUCCUGAUGCUGCCCCACCACCCCUCCUUCCAGAUGGACAAACGCAGGCGGCCCGGGGAGGAGCGGCCGCCUUUCCUGCUGGGGCUGCCCCCAAACAAGCUGCGAUGCAUCGGGGUACCCGGGAUGGGGUUGGACCGCCUCCCUCACACCCAGAUGGUGCUCCCGGCGCAGCUCCUGAGAGUCCCCAGUGCCAUGGAUCGACCAGGAAUACUGCCCACCCCGGGAGCGCCCCGUGAUCCAGGGCGAGGGGACAUGGGCCAGCGAGACAUGGGCCAGCGAGACAUGGGCCAGCGAGACAUGGGCCAGCGAGACAUGGGCCAACGGGACUUGGGCCAACGGGACUUGGGCCAACGUGACUUGGGCCAGCGAGACAUGGGCCAGCGAGACAUGGGCCAGCGAGACAUGGGCCAACGGGACUUGGGCCAACGGGACUUGGGCCAACGUGACUUGGGCCAACGUGACUUGGGCCAACGUGACAUGGGCCUGCGGGACAUGGGCCAACGGGAUAUGGGCCAGCGAGACAUAGGCCAGCGCGACAUUGGCCAACGUGACAUAGGACAGCGAGACAUUGGCCAACGUGACAUAGGACAGCGAGACAUAGGCCAGCGCGACAUAGGACAGCGAGACAUGGGCCAACGAGAUGUUGGCCAGCGAGACAUGGGAUGGGUGGACAUCAGACCCCUAAUGGACCUCCAGGUGAAGCCGAUGGCCCCUCGGAGGAUCAAGCUGAACCGCGACCUGGGGAGGAAGAAUAGCACCGAGGGUCCUUCCACUGACAAACCCCCCGCCGCGCCAGAGAAGACCCCCAGCGCCACAGACAAAGCAUCUUCUGGCAGCACCCCCACAGGCGAGAGGCCCCCCAGAGGUCCAGAGCCGACCGGGAGGAGGGAGAGGUCGGUGUCCCGGGAAAGGGGUGGCUCCAGAGAGAGGCCGGGGAGCGGCAGGGAGCGGGACCAACGCAUGGGACUGGACCGGGACCGGGACAGAGUCUCCGGUGCCGACAGAGAACGGGAUAGAAUUCCAGGGUCGGACAGGGAAAGGGACACGAAUUUGGGAAUAGACCGGGAACGGGACAGAAUUUCCAGAUCAGACAGGGAUAGGGACCGAGACAGGGACAGAAUCUCCGGAUCGGACCGCGAUAGGGAAAGAGUUUCAGGAUCUGACCGAGACAGGGACCGACUUCCCGGAUCGGACCGCGAGAGGGACCGAGGCCCCGCGUCGGACAGAGAGCGGGACAGACUCCCAGGGUCGGACAAAGGGCGAGAGAGGGCUCUGGGAUCCGGCAAGGAGCGGGACAGAUCCCGCGGGCCGGACCGUGAGCGGGGCCAGAGCUCCGACUCGGACAGACACCGGGAGAAAACCUCCGCUGCGCCGGCGGCCGAGAAGAUGGCGGUGACGGUGGAGAGGGACGCCGCCGACGGACAGCGCCUGGUGAAGACCGACAAAAGCGACUCCGGCGGCGGUGCCGUCGGGAGAUCCGUCUCCGUGGACAAGAUGACCAUCGCAGAGCGGUCGGCCAUCGCCAGGAAGACGGCGGAGCCCGCGGAGAAGGCACGCCGGUCUUCCAAGGAGAAGGACGCAGAGUCAUCGGAGAAGGGGCCCAAGACUGACAGGGGUGUCUCCAAAGACCGAGCAGAGAGGACGGGGACCUCUGGAGAGAAGCCAGCUGCCGCUCCCAGAGAAGCAGGGAAGGGCAGCGACGCCUCAGCGACAAAGAGCAGAUCCAGGGUGAACCGCAAGGCUUUGACUAGCCGCCCCUCUGGCAGCAGACCAGCCGAGACGGGGAGGUCGGACUCUGAUCAGAACCAGAGGUCCGGGAGCUCCAAGGACUCUGACCCCCGGUCACAGAGCCCCGGCGACGGCCGCAAACACAGCCCCACCCCGGAGCCCAGUCCAGGACGCGUCGAGGUCCUCAUCCAGCCCCCGCCUCGCUCCAAGUGGGAGCGAGACGACGAAGAGGAAUGGCCCGAGAACGGACUAGCCGCGCCCGCCGAGAAACCUGCGUCGCCCCCCAGAGGCCGAGAGAAGGAAAAGCACCCCGAUGCCCCCAAACCCGUAAAGAGCCUGGCCAGGGACGGCCCCAAGGAGGAGAAGAGGGGGGCCGCCAAAGAGGAGAAGACCACAACGCCGGCAGCAACGACGACGACGGGGAAAGGUGUAAAGCAGGAGGGCAAGGCUGUGAAGACCUCCCAGGCGGUCAAGGCCAAAGCCCCCCGGGACGAGAGCCGAGGACACGGACGGAGCGGCGAGAGGGAGGAGGCCAAAGGCGUCGCCGCGAAGGAGGAGCGGGCCCCGGGAGGAGCCGGCCGGGAGGAGAGCCGAGGCCCCGAGCCCAGGCGCCAGCGUCUGUGCUCCGACCUGGGCCGCGAGACGGACGAGGCGGCCUUCGUGCCGGACUACAGCGAGGGCGAGGGCUCCGAGCCCCAGAAGGGCGGCAGCGUCAGCGCCAGCCCCUCCCACAGCGUCGCCUCCGGCAGCCCGGCCCACAGCAACGCCAGCGGCUCGGUGGCCACCACCGCCACGGGCGACAAGAAGAAGAAGAAGAAACGCAAGAAGGACAAGAAACACAAGAAGCACAAGAAGCACAGCGGCCAGGACGCGCCAGAGGACGCCGAGUCCAAGGAGCGCAAGCACAAGCACAAGAAGAAGAAGCAUAAAAAGAGCAAGGAGGCGGAGGAGCCCGGGAGCAAGACGCCCCAAGAGUAGCCACCAGCGCUCGCCUGUCCAAGCCCCCCUCGCCGCUACUGCCCACUUGGGUUUUUCAUCUCCACCUGCCGAGGGUGCAUGUAGUUAACAACAACCCCCCCCCCCCCCCCUAAUCAUCAGGCUGCUCCUUGCAGACCUGUCGUGCGGCUGGCCUGGCACUGUGCUCCUGAACACUUGUGUCCCUGCCUUUUGCAAGAAGACUAAGAGCGUGUGCUCCUCGUUUUAGUCUCCCAUGUUGAUUGAGACUUCUGCAGAUGCUACACUUAGGGCGGCAACAUCAAGACCUACACAGAACACUUGCCCCCCGCCCCUCCCCGCCUCUUAAUCCGAAGCACUGAUGUGAAAGAGUAUAGGGGCAGUGGCGCCUUAUUGUAUUUGUGAGCGUGUCUUGAAAAGAGUUUGAGUGAGUCAUACCCACUGGGGUCCUGACUGCGUUGGAGGUCUCCGACGGUGCCUGGGUUCGAGCGAUCAACCAGCGGCCGUUGGCGGAGCUGAAGGAAAGCUUCGCUGCAGGGUCCCUGGCUCCACGGCGUCGCCAGGGUCCAGGUGUCUGAACGGACAGCGUACUCAGGGAUGUGUUUGAGAGGGGGGUAUUACCGCGUCGUUGUCCUUUAAAAGUUUGAUCUUGUAAAUAGCGUUGAGCUAUUGCCUAAUCUGUUGAUGUUCAGUGCAGGACCCCGCGAUGCCCCCCCCCCCCCCUCUAUGCACCUUACGUCGAGCCACUUGAUUGACUUUGGAGACGGUUGGCUCUGAGACAUCCCCGGAUCAGGGGUGUGUUCAUGGACAACUGCAUGUUUUUUUUUGUUUUUUUUGUCGUUCCAAAGUUGCAGUAGUUUGUAUCACAAUGUGAAUGCCACAGGGUGUGCGUACUAUGAAUAGUGUGUGUGUGUGUGUGUGUGUGUGAGUAACCUAAAUGAGCUGUGUGACUGGAACAAGGGGUGCUUGAGGAUCUCUUUACUUCAAAUUGAAAUGACGGUUCUUUUUUCUUUUUUUAAUUAAAGAUGUUAUGACUUCUACACGAUUUGUUUUGUUUUUUAUUUAGGUAAUAAACUUGAAGGGUAAAAAUG